AUGAACCCAACUACAAAGAGCGUAUGUAAGGGAAAGCUACACCAUAAAUUGGAAAUGAAUGAUGAUGAUGCUGAUUUCACUAGUGUUGAGUUGGUGGAUCACAAUGUUAGUGGAAUUGGAUUAUGCGGCCAGAUGCACGGGAUCAUGUUCUGGAAGAACGACAACGAUCAGAAGGCUUGGGAAAUCGUGGGAAAAGAGAAAAGUGUAAGAUUCGAUGUGGUAAAAGACCGAGUUUCAGCUCUGUACACCUGGCAAGACAACCGAUGUGAUCCGGCAUUCCUAGCCUCCAUUCCAGCGCCUCAAAGUCAUCUCCGAAUCGCUUCUGGAUUUGGGUGUGCCACCUUGUUUUGGAUGGUCAGGAAUAAAGUAUGUCUUUAAUUACCAGAAAAACUGAAGAAGUACAACUGCGCAGGCACAAUUACUGACUUUGCUAUUGCCAUCUUGUGUAAUCUGGACAAACCAGUGAUGGCCAAUCAAAAUGCGGCCUCUUGGGGAUAUUUCGACUGCAAAACCAACUCCUGGAACACAGAAUUGUUGAAAGGAUCGGGAUUUCCAGUAGAUUUACUCCCAGAUAUUAGGGAUACAAGUCAAUUGGCUGGUCGUUUGGUUGACAGUUGGCAUGGCAUACCUAAAGGAACACCUAUUGGAAUGGGCUACGGAGAUAUUCAAUGUUCUGUUUUAUCCACCUUGGAAAACCCAUCAGACGCAGUCUUGAAUAUAUCAACAUCAGCUCAAAUCACUUUUGUAGCUGAAAAUUAUAUCCCUCCAGCAGGACCUCCAACUCAAUCUUCUGUCGAUUAUUUUCCAUACUUUAAUAAUCAAUAUAUCGCCAUUGCCGCGUCUCUGAAUGGCGGAAACAGUUUGGCAACGUUCGUGAAGAUGUUGCAACAGUGGACGUUGGAGUUGGGAUUCAGUGUACCUCAAUCAAAGGUUUGGGAGAAAGUACUGACUCUAAGUCAAGAUGACAGUGCGGCAUCCAAUUUAGUUAUAGUACCUACCUGCCUGGGUGAAAGGCACGCACCUGAAGCUUAUGGUUCCAUACGAAAUAUAAAUGUAGGAAAUUUAGGACUAGGACAAGUUUUUAGAGCACUCUGUAGAGGAUUAUUAGAAAAUUUACAUAGUAUGAUGCCUAAAGAAGUUCUACAAGAAGCCAAAAUAAAACGGAUAGUAGGUAAUGGAUCAGGCCUAUCUCGAAACAUCGUCCUCCAAAAGGAGGUGCAACAUCUCUAUCAGCUCCCUCUAGUGUUCACGAAAGGCGGUGACGCAGCCAAAGGAGCAGCUAUGGGCCUGGCUUUAGUAAGCGACUGUCAAUGCAAAAAUGCCUAGGAAAAUUUAUUGUUAUUAUUAGGAAAAUUGUUGGAUAAUUCUAAGAAGUAUAGAGUGAGAAUACGAUUUUUUAGUGAUAUUUUAAGUCAGCGUCAGUCAUCACAUAGAAUGUAAAGUGUAUUUCAUAUUUUAAAUAUGAAAUACACUUUAUAUUUAAAAAUAAUGGAUUGAUUUAUUAAGAAAAAAGAAUGUAAAAAAAAGUGUUUGAUGUUUGGAUGUUUACCUGUAUUAACUGAAAUGCCUAAACGUUUGAUGUGAUAUUUUCGGAUAAGUAUAAGUCAGGAACUUAGUUUUCCGAGGCAUAUUUUUUGGUGGAUUAACUUAUUCUAUGAAUGGAUGCGUAUCAUUCUUUCCUAGUUAAAUUUCUAAUGAGAUAAAUAUCUGUAACAUGGGGCCUAUAAAUACAUACCGAAAAGCGUGGUCUGGAUUUUAACAUGUAAGACAGCUUAAUGAAAGAUCAAAUGCAUUAAAAAGGGAUAAAAAUUCGGUUGAUACAUUUCUUCUAUGCGGUAUUGUCGGAUUUUGCAUCAAAGUUUCAAACCGCACAAGUAGGCGUUUACGACAAAAAUUCAGUCAUCUUGGGUUGGAACCAAUGACUAUAGAAUAUAAGGACAUGUAACGCCCAUAUACGGGCUGCAGCAGAAUUUGUGACAUUAGAUGCAAUUUUUUUGAUGGCGACGAAUGAGUCAUCAGCGACUUUUAGCGAUUUUUAAUAGUUUGUAUAUAGUGAACUUUGUAUAAACUUUAUUACAAUGGCGAUUAGUUGUUCAGCUUUCAAGUGAAAAAGCCGCAGCGAUAAGAAAGAGCCAGGAGUUACGUUUCAUAGAUAAAUAAACAGUCUGCUCCACCUUUUUAGUGUUUUCUUAGUUUUCUUAUUGAAUUCGAUAAUUAUUUUUCUGAUAUUAUAUGUGUGCUAUACGUCGAUACUAGUUUUGUACCUUUUGUUAACAUUUUAAUACGUUUUUUUCAUAAUUAAUUAGUAUGAUACCACCGUAUACACCAUAGGGGUAGUUAAAACAAUUAUCAAAAAAUAUAAAUGUCUUCAAACAAUUAAGAAAAGUAUGUCCCACGGCACUGCUUGGUGACAUCGUCGCAAUUUGCUCUCGGGUGUUAUUUGUCCUUGAAUUCUUUAGUCAUUGGUUGGAACAUUAUUUUUCACAAUUAGUUAGGUACUCAUUUUACUACAUCUGUAAAACAUUAUAUUUAGCUUAGAUAUAUUAUCUUCAUUUCAGUAAUACACAUUAAACUUUUUAAAACAGUUAAUUAUUUUCUACACAGGUAAAAAACCGACAACACUGUAUAUCGCUUUUAUUUUGUCUCUCUAACAACCGGUCAUUUACAUUUAUCUCUGUGGCUUGUAUUAAAAUACAGACUACGUAGAUAAAGUGUUCAGGCUGGUAUAUGUUGAUCUGCUAAGUCUAGAGAUAUUUACAAAAUAAGAUUUACCAUUCAUUCUUCCAAAACUUAUUUUUUUUGCAAAUAUUUGGCUUAUAAAACAAAAAUUUAAAUAAUUAUAAAAAAUGCAGUAAUUGUAUUCUGAAAUUGUGAAGGGCCUAAAAAUCUUUGGUAUGGUAUUUUUUUCUAACUGUAAUUCUUGUUGAAGUUAAAUAUACAGGUUGUUAACUCGACAGUUACUUAUAGGGGAAGAGAAUGGCAACACUGCCUAUUGAAAACGCAUGCAUUAUUGAUUUAUCUGCCGACUGGUCCCGUCGUCGCGUCUCGCUCUAUAGACGCGCGGUUUGGUUUGUUUUUUUUGUCUUUUUUUCAACCUUAAAUCUCUUGCCGCGAGUAAUGAACAAUUAACAACCUGUAUAUUUGAGUAUAUGUGGUUUUAAACAUUCAGACUUUGAUGUGAUAUUUAAGGAUAAUUGAAUAGCACUAAACUUCAGACAUUCAUUACUUU